UAUCAAAUCCGAAGAUUCGCGGCGAUUCAAUUCGAUCAUUUUUACGUUGAGAACGACCAUCGACCGAGGAAUUUUUGUCAACACUCUUUCGACUUGGACCGUUUCGUUCAAGGCCAAGUACGAACGCCCGGUCUCCUCGAGUUACCAAGGAAACGAAACUUCCCUCCGAAUUUCAGGGUCCCACAUGUAUCCGAAACAAGCAAGCGAACCCUUUCGCAUUCGGAAUUCAACGGUCGACACUCGAAACAGAACCGCCGGGAUUUGAGUGGUCCGUUUGGAAGAUCGAGGCGAAGUGAAAACAAGCGCGAUUGCGGAUGCCCGAAAAAGUACCGUUCCGUAAUCCCUAUCCGAUACCGGAUGUUUCGAGCGAGGGCGCUUGGAAGCGUGGUCCGGUGCUCGGCAAAAAGGUCACGGUCACUGACAGACGUUGGAAAACGAAAGUGGACACCCACGAGCGGCUCUUCGCUCAUCACACUCUCAACAGUAUUCGGAACGAUCAACGUCUCGUUAGGAAAAAAGCGCCGAACGAUGCUCUCGACUUCGCCCUCGCCUCCGUCUACACCCACAGCGAGGACACUUUCGUACCGAAAAUGUACGUCAGCAUGCAGCCCGAGACACUCCGAAUGGAGACUUGGAGAGUCCUCCGCAACGAGCUCAAGACAGAAACCCCGGAGUUUGGGAUACCGACGAUUCCCGAAGACGUCGAAGACUCGUCGUCGUCGUCUCCCGAGGCCAGCAAACACGAGAAGAGCGAAAGAAAACGCGGGCAUCCCAAUAAGAAGGCUUUGCCGAACGUCAAGACCGCAGCUAGAGCGAAGCUCGCGGCCAGGGCGAAGGCAGCAGCAUCCGGUGGAAAAACGGGGCCUGGUUCUAAGGCGCCAGGGGGCUCUCAUAGAGCGGUUGGAUCUAAGGGCCGAACCGGACCGAAAGGAGGAGCAGCGACGGGUCCUAAAAAGCCGACUGAGUAUUCGAUGUCGAUGACGAGACCGACUUCCACAGCGCUACGGAUGCGUCAGGGGGCUCAAUUACAUCAGUACGCUGGGGGAGGCCAGCACGGAAUCCCGGACAGAAUGGAAAGGAUUCACCCGAGCACGUUGAAACUGGCGAUCGACGGUCCUCACUCGGAUCAAACGAAAUCUGGAUACAGUCGAAAAGAGAAUGGAACUUUCUACGGCAUUUAAGCUCAAACGUGAGCUCUGCUUCCACGAUCAUUGCAAAGAUGGAAACUCACGAGAAUUCCGUUGCGAAUGUCUCCUCGUAAGCGAGCUUCAACCAAAAUGUCCGCUUCCCUGACAAUUCAUUUUUCAACCUCUACAGUUUCUUCCAUUUUUUUCCCGUCCAUCUUUCGUAUAUCUUAUAAUUGUAUUUUUAUUUUUAACCUUUGUAGUUUGAAGAAUUACAAUAUACACUCAAAAUCA